AUGUCGACUCUCGAGGAGCUGGACGAUUUUGAUCACAGAGAGAAGGAGGAGGACAAGAGAGAUGGUGGCGACAAGAACCAGAAGAAGCCUAGCGAUGGCGAUGCGGACAUGAAGGAUGCCGAAGAGGAGCAAGAUGAUAUCCUUGACGACGAGAUUCUUGGACUCAGCACACAAGACAUCCUAACCCGCAAACGGUUGCUCGAGAACGACUCUCGCAUUAUGAGGAGCGAGUAUUCCCGAUUAUCACACGAGAAGGCCGCCAUGGCGGAGAAGAUCAAGGAAAACGUCGACAAGAUUGCCAACAACAGGCAACUCCCCUACCUGGUUGGCAACGUCGUGGAGCUACUUGAUCUUGACCCAACUGCUGAGUCGUCUGAGGAGGGCGCCAACAUUGACCUGGACGCUACCCGAGUCGGAAAGUCGGCCGUCAUCAAAACAUCUACCCGCCAAACAAUCUUUCUCCCCCUGAUCGGUCUCGUCGAUGCGGAUAAGUUGAAGCCUGGUGAUCUUAUUGGAGUCAACAAGGACUCAUACCUCAUUCUGGACACCCUCCCCGCCGAGUACGACAGCCGCGUCAAGGCCAUGGAGGUGGAUGAAAAGCCCACAGAACAGUACACCGAUGUUGGUGGACUGGACAAGCAGAUUGAGGAGCUUGUGGAAGCUAUCGUUUGGCCUAUGAAGGAGGCUGAGCGAUUCAAGAAGAUUGGCAUCAAGGCCCCUAAAGGUGCACUGAUGUAUGGCCCCCCCGGUACCGGAAAGACCCUCCUCGCCCGAGCUUGUGCAGCACAGACCGAUGCUACAUUCCUGAAGCUGGCAGGACCUCAACUGGUCCAGAUGUUCAUUGGAGAUGGCGCCAAGCUCGUUCGAGACUGCUUCGCCCUGGCCAAGGAGAAGGCUCCCGCAAUCAUCUUCAUCGACGAGUUGGACGCCGUCGGCACCAAGCGAUUCGACAGUGAGAAGAGUGGUGAUCGUGAGGUGCAACGAACCAUGCUGGAGUUGCUGAACCAGCUUGAUGGUUUUGCAUCCGAUGACCGGAUCAAGGUCCUCGCCGCCACGAACCGUGUCGAUGUGCUCGACCCUGCGCUGCUCCGUUCUGGUCGAUUGGAUCGCAAGAUUGAGUUCCCCUUGCCGAACGAGGAAGCACGUGCCCAGAUCUUGAAGAUUCACUCCCGCAAGAUGAAGGUCGACCCGGGUGUGAACUGGGGCGAACUUGCGCGAAGCACGGACGAGUUCGGCGGUGCUAUGCUGAAGGCUGUGUGUGUGGAGGCCGGCAUGAUCGCCCUGCGGUCAGGCAAGAAUAAGAUUGGACACGAGCAUUAUGUUGAUGCCAUCGCCGAAGUCCAGGCCAAGAAGAAGGACACAGUCAACUUCUACGCUUAA